AUCUAACUGAUCAUCCAGCACAAAUGAUCUCUCUCCCCAAUCCUCAAAACUGUUACUACUACAAAACAUAUCAUUCACUAUUAAUUAAUUAAUAAAAUAGUGAACCAAAAAUAAAAAUAAAUACUCCAAAGUAUUAAAUUUUUUGUAUAGUACAACACCAAGAAUCCCAGACCAAAGCCUUCAAAACCAAACCACACAACACACACACACACACACACAGAGACAGAGCUUUUCUUUAAUCUGAGAGAGAGUUUCUUCAAUGAAGAAACAAGGCUGUGAGAUUGAAGCAUUCGGCAUCAACUACACAAUCUACACCACCCCCCACAAAAACAUUAAUCCCAAAGGCGGUGCCGCCGCCGCCGCCGCCGGUAAACCCCAGGCCCGGCAGGUGCUCAGGGAUGUCAGCCUCACGGCGAAGCCCUUCGAAAUCCUCGCCAUUGUCGGCCCAAGCGGCGCCGGAAAAUCCUCACUCCUCGAAAUCCUCGCCGGAAAACUCACCCCGCAAUCCGCCUCCGUCUACGUCAACCAGAAGCCGCUCGACAAACCCCGGUUCAAGAAACUCUCCGGCUACGUCACCCAGAAGGACACCCUCUUCCCCCUCCUCACCGUCGAGGAGACCCUCAAGUUCAGCGCCAAGCUCCGCCUCAACCUCCCGGAGCCGGACCUCUCGUCCCGGGUCAAGUCCCUGAUGUACGAGCUCGGCCUCAGCCACGUCGCCGCCGUCCGCGUCGGCGACGACCGGGUCCGCGGAAUCUCCGGCGGGGAGCGCCGCCGCGUCUCCAUCGGCGUGGAGGCCAUCCACGACCCGAAGAUCCUGAUCCUCGACGAGCCCACCUCCGGCCUGGACAGCAGCUCCGCCCUCCAGAUCGUCGACAUGCUGAAAUCCAUGGCGGAGACACGUGGCAGGACCGUCGUGCUCAGCAUCCACCAGCCCGGGUUCAGAAUCGUGAAGCAGUUCAACUCCGUCCUCCUCCUCGCAAACGGCGUCGUACUCCACCACGGCUCGAUCGAACUCCUCACCGUCAACCUCAUGCUCAUGGGCCUCCACCUCCCCCUCCACGUCAACCCCGUCGAAUUCGCCAUCGAAUCCAUCGAAACAAUGAACCACCACCACCAAAUCACAACAAUGCCAUCGAACAAAAUCACACCACCACCACCAGCAGUCGAAGGCACGACCCGAACCGGCCGGUUCACCCUCCAGCAACUAUUCCAGCAGUCGAAAGUAAUCGACGAGGAAUCCUUGCCAUUCGACGUUGGAAUCGACGUGCCACGUGGCUACGCGAAUUCAAGAUUCUUCGAGACAAUGAUCCUCACGCAUAGAUUCGGGAAGAACAUUUACAGGACGAAGGAGCUCUUCGCAUGCAGGACAAUCUCCAUGCUACUAUCCGGCGUCGUUUUGGGGUCAAUUUUCUACAAUCUCAAAGACAACCUAAUCGGAGCGGAAGAACGCGUCGGGUUAUUCGCGUUCAUACUCACAUUCCUCCUCUCGAGCACAACCGAAGCGCUCCCGAUCUUCUUACAAGAAAAGGAAAUACUAAUGAAAGAAACUUCCAGCGGAAGCUACAGGGUUUCGUCGUACGCCAUAGCCAACGGCCUCGUCUACUUACCCUUUCUACUCAUACUAGCAAUACUAUUCUCCGUCCCCGUAUACUGGCUGGUGGGAUUGAACGGAAGCUUCACGGCGUUCGCGCACUUUCUGGCGCUGAUCUGGCUGAUCCUGUACACGGCGAAUUCCGUGGUGGUCUGUUUCAGCGCGCUGGUGCCGAAUUUCAUAAUCGGGAACUCGGUGAUCUCCGCGGUGAUGGGGUCGUUCUUCUUGUUUUCGGGGUAUUUCGUGUCGAAGAACGGGAUACCAAAGUAUUGGGUUUUCAUGCACUACAUUUCGCUGUUCAAGUAUCCGUUCGAAGGGCUGCUGAUAAACGAGUUUUCGGGGUCGAAGAAGUGCUUGGACUACAUGUUCGGCACGUGCGUGGUGAGUGGUGAAGAUGUGCUGAGAGAAGAAGGGUACGGCGAUGAAGAGAGUAGGUGGAGGAAUUAUGUGAUUAUGGUUGGGUUUAUUCUUGUUUACAGGUUUGUUUCGUACGUUAUUCUCAGGUGUAAAUGCUCUCAAUCUGGGAUCAAAGGUUUUCUCUUCUUCUGAAACAUUUGGUUUUUUUUUUUUUUUUUUUUUAAUAACUUCUCUUAAAUCUCUGUCCAUUUUUUCUGUUUUUUUUUUUCUUGUGAUGGAUGUUCUAACUACUUGUAAGCAGUGUAUGUAUGAAUUUUUACGUUUUUUUGAUCAAUAGAAAGAAAAUUAAAUUA